UUUAUUGAAAUUCCCUUCACUGAAAUGAUUUUCCCCCCAUCACAACAAACGUGGGCGGGUUUUUUUUCGCGUGAAGGAAGCGCCACUUUUGUCAGACGGUCCCUUGGCUUGCAAGCACCUGCGAGGCGAGGCUGAGCCUCUCAGUCUGGCGGACUUCCACUCUUCUCCGGCGGGCAAGGAAGGAGAGGAGAUCGGCGUCUACCUGGUCCUUCUGAGCUGGGUGUCACACCUCCUAGACCUGGAUCAUGUCCACGAUGCCGGUCCACCCUCCAUCGUCUCCGUGACGCUGAAGACGGGGACAGGUGCCCGGCGUGCAGACUGACAGAGUGUUAUGGUACACGAUCACCAUGCCCCCAGGAAAGUAUGGGAUGCAGGAGGAGUGGGAGUGGGAAGGCAGCCAAGGGGUCAAGAUGGACUUCCUCCUGCCAACUGGCAUCUACCUCACGUUCCCAGUGUCUCAUAAAGACACCAUCAGCGGUAUCAAGAAGAUGGUUUGGAAAAAUGCCAGAGGAGAGGCACUGUUCACAGCUCUGGGCCAUCCCGAAGCGUACGUUUUCACCUGCAUCAACCAGACGGGCGAGAGGGAGGAGCUGGAGGAAGAAUCCAGGCGUAUCAGCGACGUGCGGCCAUUCAUGGGUGUUUUGAGACUGGUGGCCCGGGAGGGCGACCGCGUGGAGAAACUUACCAAUACUCAAAUCAGCCUGUUGAUCGGGAAAGGUCUCCAUGAGUUUGAGGCCCAGAAGAACCACGAGGUGAACGAAUUCCGGACCAAGAUGCGAGCCUUUUGCGAAGAGAAGGCCCAGAAGCGUCAGUCGUCGCCGUGGCACCAGUGGCUGGAGUACACUUUCCCCUGCGACCUGGAGCCAUGCUGCUCUCUGCCGGUGUGUGGCAAGUCCCAAAAUGCCAAGAUUUUCGUCAACGUCAAGUUUGAGGCUUGUGAUGAAAGCUUCAUGGUGCAGCAGGAGCCACAAGACCUGCCACUCGCUCUGAUGAGGAGUGCCCUGAAAAAAAAAGCCACUGUCUUUCGCUCGGUGCGCCAACAACCCGAGGACUACACCUUACAGGUCAACGGGAGGUGGGAGUUCAUCUACGGGAAACAGCCCAUCUGCCAAUUUAAGUAUAUCUUCAUCUGUUUGCGGAAUGGCCAAAAUCCCCACCUCACCAUGGUGCACCACUCCACCAUCAGCAAAUACCAGGAAGAGCACGGGCGGAUGUGCAGUCAGAUGAAGAGCCGCUCCUUGCCCGGACCGCCUCCUCUGCCUCUGAAGAAGCAAAACACCUCGUCUCUGUGGUCCAUUGACGAGCCCUUCUACAUCCACCUGCUGCAGGGCAACCGAGUCAACGCAGACGAGGGCAUGAAGCUGGUGGUGCAGGCCGGCCUCUUCCAUGGCAGUGAGUUGCUCUGUAAGGUGGUGACCAGUUCUGAGGUGGCGGUGUCCUCCGAGCCCAUGUGGGACCAAAGGAUGGAGUUUGACAUCUGCGUGGCGGACCUGCCGCGCAUGAGCCGCUUGUGCUUCGCCCUUUACGCCGUCUUCGACAAGGCCAAGAAGCCGCGUGGCACCAAAAAGAAGAAUAAGAAAGCGGAUUGUCCUCUAGCCUGGGUGAACACCAUGGUGUUUGACUACAAAGACCAGCUGAAAACGGGCGAGGUCCUUUUGUCUGCAUGGCCGUCUGUACCUGAUGACAAAAGUGAACUUUUGAACUCCAUGGGAACAGUUGAGAAGAAUCCCAAUGUUGACAGCGCGGCUGGGCUUCUCAUCCGCUUCCCCAACAUCAGGCCACAUCCUCUCUACUAUCCUCCUCUUGACAAGAUCACAGGCAUGGAGACAAAUGGCGAUGCAGCUGCUGCAAGCAAAGAAGAGUACUUGAAGCUAAAAGAAAUCAUGGACAACAAAAACUACACCGAGUUCUUUGAGGAUGAGAAGGAGCUCCUGUGGAAACUCCGCACAGAAGUUCGAGACCUUUAUCCAGAAAGUCUUUCCAAGUUGCUCCUCAUCACCAAGUGGAGCAAGCGAGAUGAUGUUGUCCAGAUGGUAAGUCUCCUGAGGAACUGGCCAGAACUCCCUGCUAUUCAGGCCUUGGAGCUGUUAGAUUACAGUUUUCCCGACCCUGCAGUUCGUUCGUUCACCAUCAGAUGCCUUCGCAAGCUAAGUGACGAUGAGCUGCUUCAGUAUUUAAUCCAGCUGGUCCAAGUGCUGAAGUAUGAGUCCUACCUGGACUGCGACCUGACAACGUUCCUACUGGAGAGAGCCUUAUUCAACAGGAGAAUAGGACACUUUCUCUUUUGGCAUCUCAGGUCGGAGAUCCACGUUGCAUCUGUCAGCUUGAGGUUUGGUCUGAUCCUGGAGGCGUACUGCAGGGGGAGCAUCCACCACAUCAAGCUCUUAAGCAAGCAGAACGAAGCUCAAGGCAAAAUGAAGGUCCUAAGUGACAUUGUUAAAUCAGGGCCACAGAAGAUGAACGCUGAGGACCUGAAGCUGUGCAUCAGACAGGAGUCGUACACGGAGGCAUUGUCCAACCUGCUGUCGCCACUCAACCCCAGCAUCAUCCUCGCUGAUAUCUGUUCCGAAAAGUGCAGAUUCAUGGACUCCAAGAUGAAGCCGCUCUGGCUGAUGUACAAGAGUCCCUGCGCUCAAGGAGAUAUGGUGGGCAUCAUCUUUAAGAAUGGAGAUGAUCUUCGACAGGACAUGCUGACACUCCAGAUGAUCCAGCUCAUGGAGAACUUGUGGAAGAAAGAAGGUUUGGAUCUAAGAAUGAUCCCAUACGGCUGCUUGUCUACCGGGGACAAGAUGGGCUUCAUUGAGGUGGUGAAGAACUCGGACACCAUCGCCAACAUCCAGCGAAACAACAGCAACAGUGCCGCCACUGCCGCCUUUAACAAAGAUGCCUUGCUCAACUGGCUCAAAUCCAAGAACCCGGAAGACAAGCUUGAGCAAGCCAUUGAGGAGUUCACGCUGUCUUGUGCUGGCUACUGUGUAGCUACCUACAUCCUGGGUAUUGGGGACCGUCACAAUGACAACAUUAUGAUCAGGGAAACAGGACAGCUCUUUCACAUUGACUUUGGACAUUUUCUGGGCAACUUCAAGCGCAAACUGGGCAUCAACAGGGAACGUGUGCCUUUCAUUUUGACGUAUGAUUUUGUCCAUGUCAUCCAACAAGGACGGACCAACAACAGUGAGAAGUUUGAGAGGUUCAGGGAGUACUGCGAACGGGCCUAUAAGAUCCUGUGUCGGAACGGAACGCUCUUUGUCAACCUCUUUGCAAUGAUGAAGGCAGCCGGGCUGCCUGAGCUCACUUCCUUCAAGGAUAUUCAGUACCUGAAGGACUCUUUAGCUUUGGGCAAAUCGGAGGAAGAGGCACUGAAGAAUUUUAAAGUGAAGUUUAGUGAGGCACUGCGUGAAAGCUGGAAGACCAAGGUCAAUUGGAUGAUGCACUCUCUGGCCAAAGAUAACAGGCCGUGAAGGACGGCUCCAUUUACCAUCAAAUGGUUGGAAAAGGAAAAGACAAAUACCAUCCAAUGGCAUUCGCCGCUUGUUGGCGAAUGGUACUUCUUGAAAACGAACUACUUGAAAACGAAAUUAUGAAAAAGGUCACCAACUGCUGGAAUGUACAGUAGGUCAAAUAUGCACAUUGUCGGUCAUGGAUUACAAUAAUGGUUGAUGUAUUUUUAUUCUAUUGUAUUUAAUGUUAAAUACUUGUACAAAGAUAUUUUUAGUUUUACAGCUAUAUCACUUCAUAUUGCCUUUACAAUGCUGGUCUGGUAAGAAGUGAGAUACUAUUUCAUUGAUUAGUUGAGGACUGAGGCUUUUCAUUGAUGCAAAUCAAAUUACAUUAUAAGUAAUGUAAUUAUAUUACAUGACAAUAUUUUACUCUUAGGUGCUGAUGAAAUAUGAGAUUGGGACAAAACGUGACACUUAUACUGUACAGUCCAAACUAACCAGCUAAGUGCAAAGUACUAUUUCAAUAUAAUUGGCUUUUCUUGCUUUAGUGCUUGUAGUACUAAUUCUAUUGUGUUUUUAUGACUGAUGUGCCAGAUGCCGUGAAAGAGAUUACAUCUCUGUAUUGUUUGUCUAACCCACAGCAAAAUGGUAUUAUUUAA